AUAUUCCGAUAUAUUGUUACAAUCUGUAUAUCACAGCACGAUGUCUUAACUUGUUUUUAGUGCAUCGGUGGUUACAUCGUCUAGCUAACAAUGUCUAGGUGUUUUAUUUUGAAGGUUGAAAUACUUGAGUUCCGGUGUAAUUGUAGCACUCUAUUGUAGCAUGUCAGUUGAUUUAACGCUUCCCCUCCUCGUAACUCCAUGAGGUUUUUUUUUUUUUAACAUGUUCAGACUAUCAAUAAGAGGCUCGUGUUGAUGCUGGAGAAUUAAAGAAGCACAGUUUUCUUGGCAAGUGGCAUCCCAGACCAAAUUUGAGUCUGGCAGAUUGAUGGCUGCCUGUGUGCUUUGUCGAUGGGUGCCCAGGCUACGCUACCUCCCAGGCUUGAGAAACGAGUUUACCCAGGCUCAGCACGUGCAUGUCAAACAAGAGGAUGAGACUGAUGAUCCGGAGGGGAAGAAAGGAGUAAUGCAGCACCAGGAGGCCUCUCUCCAAGGAGGAUACAGGCUGUAUUACAACCCUUCCUCAUAUCGUCAUUCUGUGUGGAACUCUGCAACAUCCCGGAGCCAAACAGAUAAUGAUGAAUACGAACAGUGUCUCAUGACUCUCGCACCUUCCUUCUGGCAACAGAGCAAUCGCUACAGUGUGAGUUGCUCCCGGCAUCUCUCCAGCUCAAAAAACACACUUCUUGACUUAGCUUUCAACAAAGGCCCCGAACCCAAGAUGCCAUCAGUGUCACUGUACCACAGAAAACCCAUACCACCAGAUGUCAUAGUAGAUACACGUGCCUUCCUCAAAUGCCGGCCAGGGUAUGCCUCCAUGACCCUUGACCUCACCCAGCGGCCUCAUCCAAUCGAAUGGGAGGAGGCCUUACAGCUGCUCCAGAAAGUGACUGUUUUAAAGGGCAGCAUGAAACCAUCUGAUGUGUCUCAGUUUCUUGUGGAGCUCAGCCGCUUGCACCCAGACAAGAUGUCUCUAGUGAGGAGUGACCAACGCUUUAUCAUGCUCCUCCGAUAUUCUGUAGAACACCUUCGCCUCUUUACUCAACUGCAGCUGCUGGAGGUGCUACAGUCGUUUGUGUUGCUGGACAUGCCCUCAGCCCACACUGUACUCGGGCUGUAUGAGGCUGAGCUGAGCCGCCGGGCCAACCAGAUGACUUUACACCAGUUGCUGUUAGCUGCUGACUUGUGGCGCUGUCUUGGGAGGCAGGUCCCCCAGUUCUUACAGCACCUCUAUGAUUCAGUCCAUCUGUAUCUGGGAGUGAUGGGGAUCCCUGAGCUGGUGCAACUGUUGUAUAUAAUGGGGGAAGGUAGGCAGUGCCCGAAAGACUUGAUCCAUCCUGUAGAGCAGCUUCUCAUGCAUCAUUUACAUCAACUGUACCCUGAGGAGGUUGGUGCUGUAUGCUUGGGGCUCUUUAAAUCCCAGACUUCAAUAUCUGAGGCUGCAGUGACUCGUAUUGUUGACAAGGCACACUCUUUUGUGGAGGAAAUUAGUGACUUUGCCAUGGUGAAUGUGCUGAAAUUCCUGCGUUUCAGCUACCUGUAUCACAGGGCUUGGCUGGAGGCCAUGGCAAAGGAAGUUCCUAGACGGGCCAACAGGAUGGGUGCUAAGGGGCUGAUGCAUGUGGCGCUGGCCUGUUCAGCGCUGCAUUACCGCAAUGAUAACAUCCUUAUGGCAAUUGCUGAGAGAGUUCCCUUGCUGGUGCCACACUGCAGGAGUAAAGACUCAUGCAAACUGCUGUGGGCCUUUGCCACAUUAGGGUUUCUCCCAAUUCAGAGCCCAAGCUUCUAUUCCAGUCUCACAGAGGGCCUGAGACAGAGGAAAGCUGAAUUCCAGCGAUACCCAGGGCAUCUGCUUACUGGCCUUCUAGGCCUGGCCUUUGUCUCUCAGUUCCCAGAGGACCUAAUUGCAUUAGCUUUGAGUCCUGACUUUGUCAACUUAGCACUGAAAUCUACACAGCUGGAGCUGAAAAAAGACUUGUUCACUUUAGAUGGAGCGGUGGCUCUGGAGUUGCCUCAGUGGACUGGCCCGCGGCUAAGCUGUGAACUGAGAGAGGAGGUGACAAAAAUGCUGUGGAAGUUUGCUCAAUCAGACGUGUGCCAGAAACCAGAGGUUCAGGAGGCAGAAUCUACUCUGCAAGAUCUGCUUGGAGGAGAGACGUUUGUAUGUAAGAGAAUGAUUCUGCCCCACACUCGCUCCAUCGACCUGGAAGUACAUCUUGACUCCGCUGGACAGCCUAUACCUUUGAACCCAGCAUCCCACACAGAAAUGUUAUCUCCAGAGAACAGUUCAUCCAAAUUUCCAUCUCAUCAGGGUUGGGGGAGAAUGAAUAUCGGAGUGACUAUAACUGAGGAACUUUUAACACAGAUAAUAAAUACCAAAAACACCACAGAACCUUUAACUCCGUCUCUUACAGUUAAGCCUGCAUCUCUUCACAGAGUGGAGCCUGAUGAAGGUGGGAGACUGUUUGACACAGGGCUAGACCUGACCAGCGACCUUAUAGAAACUCUUACCAAACCCAGUAGUCAAGGCUCAGCCCUUCAGGACUCCAAAGGCACAGUCAAACUUGCUAUCCAGGUCUCCAGCAGGAACCACUACUGCUACCAUUCACAGCAGUUGUUGGGCCUUCAUGCCAUGAAGAGGAGGCAGUUGAAGUUGGCAGGCUACAGGGUUGUGGAGAUUAGCCAUCAGGAGUGGUUUCCCAUGCUGAGGAAAAGCAGGGCUGAGAAGCUGGCAUACCUGCACUGCAAAAUCUACAACAGUCUGUAAUGAUUCUUUGCCCUCCAAGAGCCAAAAGAAAUAAUAGCAAACUCAGACUGCAAUGCAAACUAUGCAGGCACUUUGGCUUCUGGGCAAUCUUUAGUUUGUUAUGAGUGUGUGCAAAGCACAGAAAAAGGUCUGUUAAGGAGAUGGACAGAUGUUGGUUUAUCCCCACCCACAAUUGACUUUUUGUACAUGUUUAGUUCAAAAUACAUUUCUGAAGGAUUUUUGUCAAAAUGUGAGACAUUUCAAGACAUUUUUUUGUGAAAAUAAUGCUAAUUAAAAAGUAUUCAACUCCUCACUGUCCUGGGCAAGGUUGUGGUAUGAUAUCAUAACAUACAGAAGAUAUUUGGAAUGUAUUUUCUUUUCUUAAUUUACUUAAAUUUGAAUGUUCCUGCAAUAAUUUGCUUAUGCCUUCCAGGAUCUGUAGAAAAGUAAAGAAAAAAUGUUUUGCAUCAUAAUCUUAAUCACAUCUACAUGAUAGUCUUCUCAGAGGUCAAUGCAUCUAUUUCUAGUGUUAUUAGAUUGCUGUCCGCUUUGCACGUCAAAUGUCAGUCUUUUCAACUGAUGAGAAUGUUGAAUGAUACAGAUUUCUGUUGUUUUUUGGUAUUGGUAAUACAAAUUUAGUGUAUCACAAAGCU